AUGAGUUGUAUGGGUCUCAACUCGACGGAGCUCCAAGAAGCGAGAGACUAUUUCAAACAGCUCCUCCUGCCCUUCACCUCAUCAUUUACCAUCUUCCACAACUAUGUCUACGUGUUCCUAUGUGUCGUCGGAGUCUUCGCAAACAUCUCGAUCGUCGUCGUCUUGAUUCGUCCCGCUAUGAGAAAAUCGCCAUUCAAUCUGUUUCUGGUCGUGAUUGCUCUUUGUGAUGCCUCUCUGAUGGGAACCUAUCUUGCCUACAAACACGUUGAACUCUGUCACCCGUGGUAUUUCUCUUUUCCAUGGGCCAUCUACACCAAAUUCUAUGCCAUCUUCUCCGUAUUCGUUCAUUCUUGCAGUCUAUGGCUAACAGUCAAUAUGGCAAUUCUAAGAUUCUUGGUUCUCUAUCGAGGAAGUCGAUCGGAAACGAGAAUCCCGCAAUGCAAUGGUUUUGGUGCUGCUUACAUCGCAAUCAUUCUGGCUUUCCUAAUCGCUUGCAUCGGAUGUCUUCCCAUUUUCAUUCGUUAUAGAAUCAUCGAGGGAGAAGCUGGCGCAGUUCCAGAUUUGUGUCUCGUGGGAAAGUAUGCAGACAAGUGGGAACCAACGGAUAUGAUCCGAUUCUAUGGGCUGAGUCAACCACUUUGGUGGAAUUGUGAUUUCGAACGAAUCAACUAUUGGAUGGCUGCUCUGAUCCUAAAACUGAUCCCCUGUCUUCUCCUGACGAUCUUCAUGACACUUUUGGUCCGAAUGCUCAUUGAAGCUCGAGAACGACGAUCCAGACUCUGUGGAGGAAUGGGAAAUGGAAAUUCUCAAGCGGAGAGAACCACUGCAAUGCUGACUGGAAUCGUUGCCAUCUUCUUGAUCACAGAACUUCCCCAAGGAGUUUUGACAUUCGCAGCUGGUGCCAGCCCUCGUCUGACCUUUUUGACACUUCAACUGAACAACGUCUUCGACCUUCUAUCGCUCAUUAACAGUGCCGUCAACUUUGUUCUUUGCGCUCUAAUGUCUCAUGUUUUUCGAAGAGAGUUCCUGCUCACCUUCAGUAUGUGCUGCCCACAGUCUUCUGAGAAUCACAGUGGUGCUCCAAUCAACAAGACUUCGAAUCGAUCAAUUCUGUCGACAUUCAGCAAUAUUGCAAAGCCAAAAACGUCGAAGAAGAACGGAUUCCUUCCAGUGCCAACCAAUUGUCCGGACGAUAAAAAUACUGUUCAACUGGCUAUGAAUUGA